GGGGAACGGGCUCUUGUCUUGGCUGUGGUUCAGCAGAAGCCACCUCCAUGAGGCCAAAGCUUAUUGAAGAUCUGUAUCCUAGAGCCAGGAUUGUUGACAUUGCUUGUGGGGACACACAUUGUUUGGCCCUUGGUCAAGACAAUGAAGUGUAUGCCUGGGGAAACAAUGCAAUGGGUCAGUGUGGACAAGGACACACACAGAGUCCUAUCACAAGACCCAAGAAGGUGACUGGAUUGGAAGGUACCAGUAUUCACCAGAUCUCAGCAGGGACAUCACACAGUGUUGCAUGGACUGCUCUGCCCACUGACAGACAAGUGGUAGCCUGGCACCGUCCAUUCUGUAUGGAUCUUCAGGAAGGUACUUUUUCCAUGUUGAGACUGUUUCUGGAGAGGUACUGUGAGGGUUUGGAUAGUGAGGAGCCUCUCCCUCCAUACCCAACUAAAAGUGCUCAUGAAAACUUUACCCUGCUGUGCCUGAAGUUGCUGUCCACACACCUGUCUCUGGCCCUGGCUGGGGGCAUGUCCACCUCUGUGCUGGGGAAAGAGGCCAGGCCACUGAGAAUGCUGUUGUUUAGACUAAUGGAUUCAGCAACACCAGAAACUGUCCAACAGGCUGUGAGUGAGACUCUGUCAGUGGGUGCCCCUCUCCUGUUGCCUCCCCUACGUGAGAGGAUGGAACUCCUCCACUCCCUGCUGCCCCAGGGACCAGAGAGGUGGAACAGUCUCACUAAGGGACAGAGGAUGCAGCUGAGCAUCAUAUUGACCAGUCUGCAGGACAACUGCCAUGUUGCCUCUCUGCUGGGGUUUGGGUAUGCAGUGGACACCUCUGGCCAGCCUGACCAGAUACUGGUCGACUCGGACAUGCACCUAGCUGAGUUACUCAUGAAGACUAUUCUCAGGAAUCUUAGUUUUUAUACUAUGGAAGUCCUGAAUGACUUGGUGGUGGCUGGAGAGAAAGAAGAGAAGCCAAGUGAAGACCUGGGACCACCAGCCUGCCUGCAGCAACUCCUGGGUUCAAUGCAGAAACAUGUGCUGGCUUAUUGCUAUGUCAACUCAACAGAUGAGUCAUUGACCUCUCCAGCCUUAGGUUUGCUGCACAAGCAUCUGUCCCUGAUGCUGCCCUUGACAGGAGAGAUUUUCCAAAAAGCAUGGUCUAUUCUCAUAGACCAUGGUCAGUCUGAAGAGCUGCUAAAUAAGAUAAAAGAUCUUCUCUACAGUUCCCAGGCCGGAGCCUUACUCUUCCAGAUGAUCCACUCACUGCAGCUCCUUCCAGUGAAGACCAUUAUUCCUAUCCUACAUGAUCUCCUGGCACUACUGCCUACCAUAGACAAACUGAACAGACUCCUGCCAGCAGCCACAGUGGUGGAGGACCAGGAACUGGGCUGGCCACUUCACUCUACCCCUGAGAGUGCAGAUGCCUCUAUUGUGCCCCUCACCCCUCCAGUUCAGUCCUGGGUGUGGCUGGUGGACCUGGAAAGGGCAUGUGCACUGCUGGUGGGGAGGUGUAUUGGAGGUAUGCUGAUGGGGGCCCCAAUGUCCAGUGAGGAGAAAGAGACAGCUGGCUGGCUGCAGGCACACUUACUUAGCAACGGUCUGGAGAUGUCUGCUGAAGAACUGGACAAAGUCUUGGAUUGUGUUGUCACUUCUGCUAUAAGUGGUUGUGGGGACUCGGAGGACAGCAGCUCUGAUGUACAGAUACCACUUUCUGGAAAGAUCCCAGUUCUUUUACAAAUAGCACAGGGCCAAAACACUGGGCCAGCUGCUGAUAUAUGUCAACAAAUGCUGGAGUAUGCUCGAUCAAGAGAAUGGGAUUGUACAGAAGAAGAGGAUGAUCCACUACUUACCACAGUAUCCAGAUAUACCUUGGCUUGUUUCCUCAAACACACUGAUCUACUGAAUCAGACUGUUUCCUCUUCCAACACUGUCCCAAAUAAGCAAAUGCUAGAGAUUUACAAAGCAGUGUUCAAGGUUCGCCAAAAACUCAUGGCCAUUAAAUCAAGCCAGCCAGAACCUGGAGAGGCCCAGAGUCAGCCUGUUGUUGAUGAAGGGGAAAGAGAAGAAGAGACAAGAGGAACACCAAGGGAGUCUAUGGAAAACAGAGAAGAGGAGGAAAGGAGCAGGGAAGAGGAGAGGGAAGAGCCUGAUAGUAAUGAGAUAGCUGGGGAAAGAAGGAGAAGAGAAAUGAGAGAAAGACUUCGUGAGCUGGCUGGAGAAAUCAUGGGGGCUGAGGACAGGCGUGAGAGAAUGCGCGAAAGGGAGCCAGAGAGACUGAGAGAAAGGGAGAGAGAACCAGAGGGAAGAGAAGACAUUGAGGAACCAGACACACAAACGGUUAGAGAUGACUGGAAGAGGAAAAGUAAGCAGAAAGUAAAGGGGAAUGUUUUAGAUGCAGCAAGUAGUUAUGAGGCUGUUUGUAAGGCUGUGAUAAGAAGAUGUGCCUUGUUGCUCUGUGGAAUAAAAACUGCUCUUACAGAGGAGGAUUUGUUCCCCUCAGUACCAGAGCAUGAAGAGUCAGGUAACCUGGGCUCCCCUCUGGCCAUUGCCAGGUCUGGCAGUCACCCACAGCUGAGCCAAAUGUGGCAGCAUAACCGGAUGACCACAUUGUCUGACACCAACACUGAACAGUCAGGAGUACAACAGAUGGGCUCACUACAGGCUGUCAAAGAAACAUUGAAGAGACUACGCUGGAGACGUGAUCGCCUCACCUCCCACCACCAUCCAGAAUCCGACUCUCAUACGAUCCUGAAGACUGUUCUGAAAGAGUUGACACAGUUUGUAUUGGAUGAAGGUCUGCCAGAGAGUGUGAAGAUGAUUUCUGGGAAUGUAGAGGAGGAACUUGGAGCCAGCACAAGACCACAGGUUAUUGCUAGGGCUAUGGAACAUCAGCAAGUUAGGGCAGAGUGUCGCAUGGAAGCAUUGAACCAGAUGCUGGAGAUGCUGUCCCCAGACAAGGACAUCAGACAGGAGAGUGCUGGUGGCAACACAGACAGCUUCUCUGCCUCUCACCCUGUGAUGACCGUCACCUCCUUACUGACCUCUGUACACCUCCAGAUUCUGGCUGGCUGCUUUGAUCUGGGUGUUAUGAACAGUGACCACAUCAAUGACUGUCAUAUAUAUCAUUAUCAGGAUGGGGUUAGAGCAGCCCCAGCGCAGAGUCAGCAAGAGAUCCAGUUUGCUGUGCAUAAAAUUUAUGAAUUGUUGGUGGAAGCUCUAGACAGGCAGGAAAAAAUUGGAGGAGUGAACAAAGGAGCACAACAACGGCUAACACUUGUGACAAUCUUUGCCCUGAGUGUCAAAUAUCAGCCAAUAGACAUAUCACUAGCUGUGUCCACUGGUUUGCCCCAGAUGUUGGUCAAGUUCUGUAAUUCACUGUUGUCCUUUGUUCGACCACUACAGCCAAUACUUUAUAGUGGACAAUCCCAGCUGGAUAUUGUACUAGAGGUGGCCAGUAUAAGACUGCUGCAGAUACUGGCGAUUACUGGAGGGACAUAUGCCUAUAAGUUAAGCAGCAGUGUCAUCCAAGCCCUGGUGGACAUCUUGCACAUGCAGUUACAGAAGCUGUUGGACUGUGCAUGUGGGAAGUUCCUGGCAGAGAAGUCCCCAGUAGGUGGAGCCACUGGUCAAGACGGUGAAACACAGACAACAGAGGCAGAGCAGGAGAGGAUAGAGGAGAAGAAAGGAAUUGAUGGCAUGGUGGAGUUCAACAUAAAGGUGUCUCAGUCUGCCCUUGGUGAUUUUCUGGUGUUCCUUCGGCGAGUGGCACUCUCCAAAUCUGCCCAGGUUCACUUUGCAUCCAAACAAUGGAUUAAUGUGCUGUUGAGCAUAGCUGGUCAAACUGAAGAAGGUGUUCCAGUAGUCAGUAAUUUGAGGUGUCGUCUGCUGGCCCUUCAUCUGCUGGAAACAGUCUUACCUGCAUUUAACACAGACACAGAGAUGGAGCAGAUGAAAGAUGUUGUAAACCAACUGUUCCACAGUUUAACCCAGAAUAUGUGGCUGACUCCAUCAGUGGUUGCCAAGCAACACACUAUCCAGAAAGAGAAAGAAAUGGACCAACAGCUAGAACUCUUCAGCUCAGAAGAUUCUGUUGCCAAACUGAAGAGUGGCGCAGUGGAGGAAGUGAUGGCAUCCCAAGAGGCUUUAUUUGACCCAGAUAAAAGCUUGAACUGUAGUGUUGAGAAUGGUCAUACUUUAGUCCAUGGAGCUGGAGGGAGGGGAUAUGGUUUGGGGACUACAGGAGUUACUUCAGGGUGUUACCAGUGGAAGUUCCUGAUUGUAAAAGAAAACAAGGGAAAUGAAGGGACCUGCGUUGGGAUCUCCAAGUGGCCUGUACAGGACUACAGCCACCGUACCACCUCUGAUAUGUGGCUGUACAGAGCCUAUAGUGGAAAUAUUUACCACAAUGGGGAACAGACCCUGGCACUGCCCUCCUUCACUCAGGGGGAUUACAUCACCUGCAUACUGGAUAUGGAUGCUAGGACACUGGCAUUUGGGAAGAAUGGAGAGGACCCAAAGAUAGCCUUUGAGGACAUUGAUGGCUGUGAACUCUUCCCCUGUGUUAUGUUUUACAGCAGUAACCCUGGUGAAAAGGUCAAGAUCACGGACAUGCAGGUGAGGGGUGCUCCACGUGACCUGUUGCCAGGUGACCCCAUGUGUGCACCAGCAAUGGCGGUGAUCAUAGAGUCCACAGUGCAUCUCCUGCGUGUGCUGCACCUGCUGGAGGGAUGGGGCAGCACCAUUAACCUGUGCCUGCUGGACAGACUGAAGAUCAUUAGACAGCUCAUUAAGAUGCUGGAAAAAGAAAAUGAAAAAGAUGGUUCUCCAGCACCAGAUGUGCCUCUGAGACAAGAAGAUGGAGCUGCUGCAGAUGACAACUUGGAGCAGGAAAUGGCAGUGGAAGCUCUGUGUAAAGAGGUGUGGCCAGCUCUAGCUGUUAUUGGAGGCACUGACCGAGGUCUGAGAGUAGGUGGACGCUGUAUUCACAAGUCUACCUCCAGGAAGGGGACACUACUGGGAGUGGUCAAGGAUGGCUCAGACUAUGUGAAGAUACAGUGGGAUGACAGUGAUGCAAGCACAAGCGAUGCCCCUGUCAGUCAGCUGGAAGCUGGGGAGUCCACCACCUUUGACAUGAGCAAGCUCUCUGGUCUUACCCCAAGCCUUGUGCAGGAUAUCAUGGCUCUUAGUGCCAUCACAGAAGACAGGAUAGCUCUGGAACUGAAGAAAGCUAAAGGGGAGUCAGAGGAUGGAAAGAAGAAAAAUCAGGAGGACUCAGGCCUUCACAAGAGCUUGGAGAAAAAGCUGGAUGCUGACAUAGCUCAGGUGCUGGCAGAUGAGAGCCCUGAGGAUCAUAAUGCUGACAAGAGACAGGCCACCCAGGACAGAUCUAGUCCUGAUCAGAAUUUGGAAUCUAGUGGGGAAACCAAAGAACUUACCAGACACAUCAGGGGCCAGUUGGACCAGAUAUGUUCUCAGGUGGAAUCAAAUGUGGAGACUAUCCAGACUUUGGCUACACAGAUGGUCUCUGGGGUCAUGAAUGAAAAUGAGGCAGAACAGAGUUUGGCUCCUGACGAUACAGUAGCACAGCAGAACCCAAACCAGCAGACCAGGCAGGGUCAGUCGUGAGUGGGAAAUAUACAC